AUGGAAAUGUGUGAACGGAAUCCUUUAAAUCCCGGCUAUGUUGGUUCUCUGUUGAAUUUUGCUCCCCCUGAGUCGCUGUAUUUCUCCAACUUGCGGGGUAAUGGAGCCCAUAUACCCGGGCUUCAUCAGAUCCCUUACAAUAGGAGAGAGGUGUGCACGCUCCCGUGGACUUCCUCAAGUUCGUGCACGUCUGGACCAACCGCACCACCACAGAGCCGCGCCUUUGGAGGCUACUGUCCGCCGUUUCUGUCCAACUCGGUGUCUAUAAAUACUAACUCCUCCGGCAGCCACGUCAAGGCGCAUUUGGAGGAGUCCGCUCGGUGCUUCCAGGACGCACACCGCAAAACAGAGGAGUCUGGCAGACAAGAUGAAGUUUACGCAGGAGAGCACGGGGCCGCCACUGACUGCGGCUAUUCAGACCUGGACAGUCGGUCACACGGUUCAGUGGCCCAACUCGGUCCGGAUUCAGCAGGUCGGCUGAAUGUGAACGGCCCCAAACAGCAGAAUCCUGUUCAUCAAUCAGCAAGUAACACAUGCUCCAGGACCACCUAUGCUGAAGGUGCCCCGUGGUGCUCGUCACAAGUGAAAGCCAGAAAGAAGAGAAAGCCUUACUCGAAGCUACAGCUGGCUGAACUUGAGAAUGAAUUUAUGAUGAAUGAAUUCAUCAACAGACAGAAACGGAAAGAGUUAUCAGACAGAUUGGACCUGAGCGACCAACAAGUGAAAAUAUGGUUUCAGAACCGCAGGAUGAAGAAGAAACGACUGUUGAUGCGCGAACAAGCGUUCGCCACGUAUUAA